GACGGACGUCACGGGCCACGACGACACUGCGUCCUGCUGCUUGUCUACCACCAUCACCAACACUAACCGCGUUUAUUAGCCUUUCCUCUUCUCCAUCUCCUCUGUCGAUUCACUCGCAUUCAUGGCUGAGAGCGCGUCUGGUCCGUCGGACAAAUCUGUCCAAGUCAAGCUUGUUCUCCUAGGCGAAGCUGCCGUCGGAAAGUCCUCUAUAGUACUACGUUUCGUAUCCAACGAGUUCCAGCCAAACAAGGAACCCACCAUCGGAGCCGCUUUCCUCACUCAGAAAUGCCGUCUUGAAGACCGCGUCCUAAGAUAUGAAAUUUGGGAUACGGCUGGUCAAGAGCGAUUCCAUUCACUUGCCCCAAUGUACUACCGCAACGCUCAGGCUGCGGUAGUGGUAUAUGACAUCACGAAGAUGGCCAGUCUCGAGAAGGCCAAGUCGUGGGUGAAGGAGCUCCAACGUCAAGCAAACCCUAACAUUGUCAUCGCUCUGGCCGGCAACAAGCUCGACCUCGUACAGCCCAAGUCUCCCGCCACAGGUGGCUCUUCAGAUGCUGAAGAUGAGCCAGAUGAUGCUACGGCCACCCCUGGUGAGGCUGUAGCUGCUGAGUCGGAGACACUACGGCAGGUACCCACGGACGAGGCCGAGAUGUACGCGAAGGAGGCCGGCUUGCUCUUCUUUGAGACGAGUGCUAAGACUGGUGAAGGCAUUGUAGAGCUCUUCACUGAAAUUGCCAAGAAGAUCCCAAUCGAGCACAUCCUAGCCUCAACACGUGGAGCAGGGCGAAAUGGUGGGCCAGCAGGGAGAGCAGGCGCGAAUCAGCAGAACGUAAACUUGGAAGAGAAUACCAACGCUCGCAAAGAUGCUUGCCAGUGUUAAUUAAAGUUCCAGGAUUCUGUGUGGCAUUACAUUCAUCCAUCCGUCUCUUCCUCCCUUUCCUCUCUGCCCCUCGCAACGACAAUUUCCAUAUCUCCCCACCUCCUGUUUCCGCUUACCAUAGUAUAUUUAGUUAUGGUAAAUGAUUACCAAUUUGUACUGUUUUUCAUUCAUUCAUCCCCGUCAUUCGUACUUUGAAUUUAUGGUCU